AUGUCACUAAAACAAAUAUUAGCAAGAGUAUUUCAAGUUAAAGAAUCACAGGUCACUGCAAAUGUAGCCAAAGAGAGAAUGCAGAUAUUCCUCAGUGAACAAAGAGGUGCUCGUCUAUUGAAAGAUGAGAAUCUAAAUCAAAUUAAAGGUGAAGUUUUACAAGUUGUUUCUAAAUAUUGGAAUGUAAAUAUGAAUGACGUUACAUUUACAUUUAAAAAGAGUGAAGAUCAAAUGGAUUUAGAUGUAUUCGAAAUGCAGGUCACAUUACCAUCAGAAGCUUUCAAACGACAUACAUCAACUACACCAAAGCUAUCAAUUUAA